AUGCUCAGUCAGGCGAAGACAAUCGGGUACAACACGGUUCAGAAGUCGAUUAACAUUCACUUUUUUCAGCGAGCUACGGCGGCAAAAUUUCAGAACACACUCGUGCCGUUCCGUCGGAAAAUCUACCGCCUCCACAAUCGGCACGCACCUACUUCUGGUUCAGUGUGGGAUCGCCAAGUCGGAGCCGAUGGCACUCGCCUCACGAUGCAGACUGAGCAUGUUAUUCGACUCUACAAUGUUACGCGCUACAUGGACAUUGGACGCUUUACAGCAUUCUUGACGGCCCACAUUAGUCCUGAAUUUGAUCUGGAACCUUUGGACACGUGCACACCGGACUCUAGGACAUCAACGGUGUGGCGACUGACGAUCCAAUUAGCAGGCUGCCCCAAUUUUCUACGUGAUGUGGUGCGCCUGCUAUGGUUUGGUACAGUAAUUGUUCUCAAACACCCCGAAGUGGGGAAGAGGCUGCAAUGUUUACGGUUCGGGAACAUAGGCCAUACUAUGGCAAGGUGUGGAUUUUCGACGGAGCAGCUGCGUGGCCCCGGCAGUAUUUUGGCUUCCGAGGAAGAGGUGUCGCAGCUGGAGGAUCUGGCUGUUCCUUUCCGUAGCUUUGCCGAGAUGUGCGACAUCGCGGCCCAGCGUAUACGCCUUCAAGACCAAGCAGAUACGGUCUCUGCACAGGCAGUCCAGCCCCCUUCUGUUAUGGUGCUCACGCUUGCCGUGGACUGCGUCAACUCCGACGGUCGUGAUGGUCGUAUCGUGGCGGCGUCCGGAAUUGGUGUCUCUAUUCCUCAGGGACGGAAGGCAUCAAGUGCUACGAAGACAUUAUCUAGCCGGCGUGCAUUUUUGUCAUCGCGGUAUGCCGUACUGGCCGACCAACAUGAGGUCGACGUCGAAGAGGACGAGGCGGUUGUUUCUGCACCUUUUUCUGCUCUCGAAGAGCCUGAUACGAGCGGUGCAGGAGCGCACGCGGCCGUACGACACUCUGACAAGGCUACGGAUUCUACGGUCCAGCUUCGGCUGAUAAAGAAAACACCACCGAAGCUUUCGCUGACGCCUCCAUUAGUGGCGCUAAAACAGAAGGAACGGACCGAGCUUCUCAGGAAUAUCGCUCAAGUGGAGGGUUACUGUGGAUCUCGUGUAUUGCCGCGGCUGCCGGAUGGCGUAGAUCUGGGGUCCGGGUCGUACGAUAUUAUCCAACAGCAGCUGAAUAUUCUGCCUGUUCAGACUCCGGCGAACGGGAAUUGUUUGGCCAUGGCAUUGGUCCAGGCGCUCGCUAACAACGAUUUGCGCCACCGAGAUAAGAUCCUCCUCUCCGCUACAUCUAGCUUAAAAAGAGGCAUUAAAUACACGGGACAGAUGCACAUGAUGGAUCAAUUUAGCCACCAAGCCCGAGUGACCACUUUGGUGAACGUUGCCAGAGGCUGGAUGGAUAUGCCGAGGAGUGAAGCUAUUAAACAGUUUAAAUGGUACCUCGAAGAAUACGCGUCCAGUCUCACUGACCCGACUACAAUGUUGGACCGACACUAUUGGGAAGGCUGUGAGACGCUGACUAUGGCAGCGAACUUCCUUCAACAAACAAUCUAUGUUUUUUGUCAAGCGACUGACGGGUUGCAGUGUUGGCACUGUGGGUUAUAUCGGCCUAGUUCAAUGACCAAGGCCCGUCGGGUUAUUGAAACGGGAGAGCAAAUUAUUUUCACCGUUCAAGAGUGUGUUGAGAAGAUAAGGGCAGUCAAAGGUGAUAGGUCAAGCCCACCACCGUUGAUCCUUAAGUACGAGGAUGACCACUACUCUGCCUUUGUCCACCGGCUGCCGACUUUGGACAAGGCUACGGGGGAUGAGCGCAACGUCGACCGUGGUAAUUCCUCCGGUGAAGACAUGAGUGAUAUCGUAAGUGAUAGUGAUGAGGAAAUGAAGGAAGCAGCGGAGCCGAUCGAGGCGACCGACCAAUAUGAAGAUUUAGAGCGGAAUGAUACCGUUCAAGCCGCGAUUUCCGCCCCGCCUUCACCACUUCAGCAGAUUCAUGUACCACGCACCUCAACCAGCGCUGACCCGGCGGCUGGAAGGGGCGUUAUCGGGAGUUCCACAGCUCUGUCGUUGCGGGUAUCUCCACGAGCAUUUCAAUCGAGCGCGCCUGCAACGAGGACUCACGUCUUGGCACCAGAUGAACGCAAAAAGAAGGCUGUGAUUAUUCGAAACAAACCCACUGCUCUAGUAAUAAAAAAAGGCAGCAGCACCAACGACAGGCUGCUCCUCGAAGCAGGUCCGGCCAAGGUAUUGCAACUCGAGAGCAGCAAGAAGUGGCAGGAAAUGUGGCUAGAUUUAGCGUCGGAAUGGCCAAAACAGUCGAAGGUCGUUUUUCCCAUAGUUUACAGUUCGCCUGCGCAGUGGGUUCAAGCGGCGAAAGUGGAAUCGAGACUCCUUCUCCGGAUGAUUCAACGAUUUCCGCAUAAAAGUGCAUUAUCGACGAUCUUGAGUGAUGAAACCGUACAGACAUGGACCGCGACCUGGCGACAAGAGUGUAUGUACUCCUGUAUAAUGGCUUACCGAAGCCGUACAACAGAUAAAGAUACUUAG